AUGUCGCAUGCUGAGGGCAGCGCAUCACCGACCGGGAGCCGGCGGAACGACCAUGGUAUUCAGCAGCCUGACUUCGAGUCAUCCCAAUCAACGUUUGCGCAAGCUCGGCACAGACGAAAAAUUGCCGAACUAGAGGAGAAAAUAGAGAGUCUCGAGUCCGGGCGAGCUGUGAAAGAAAGAUAUCAUGAUUCCUUCCGCUGCAUACGUUCAAGUUUGCUCACCAUGUGCCAAAGGCAAACAAAUUAUUACUUGGCCCAAGGAAGAGGCUUCAGGCGUGUCGUUGCUUUGUUCAACGGCGUCGAGGACCUUGUAUCGGAAAAUGAUAGAAGAUAUGAUCUCGAAGACGAUCACGAUCACGAUGCUGCUACUAUCGACCAAGAUCGGCUGGCAGAAGGAUAUAAUGUCCUGACGAGAACCUUGCCCUGGUUUUUGAAGACGGUCACGGACAUGGAGCAUGAUGAGUAUGUGCGCCUGUUAAAAUUGCUUAGGCAAGGGGCUGACGGUGCUCAUGGGGAUGAUACAUCAAAGCUCAAGACUCUUAUUUCAGACUGGGUUAAUCGCGAACUGAAACCAGACCCUCCUGUUGACCAUGACAAUAAGAAUUGUCGCGGAUUCAUCAAUGAGGCGUGUGGUAGGCUACUUUGCCCGGCUGAACUUGACUGGAACGACCCAGCCGUAAGGACAGGGAUUCGAGAUCGAUCGGAGGGCUAUGUUGUCACGGAUCUCUCCUUUCCGUCGUUUUUGUAUGAAAAGUAUAAUGCCAAUUCAGACGAUCUGGAGGAAGGGCUCUUCAAGGGCAGAAUUCUUGUGCAGGGUUAUAAAGCUGUGUUUACUUCGCCCUCUUCAGCAAAGGACGUUGACGGUAACGGCGAUGGCGCAGAUAUCGUCGAGAACAACAGGCGCGCGAAGAAAGCACUCUCAGGAAUCAAGGUCAAGAAACAUGUAGCGCAAAUUAUCAAGAUGGAUAAGGUCACUCCACGUUCUAUUGCGUACAUCGCUUGCCAAGUACGAUUCGCCCUUUCCUCUGUUACUUCCUGGCGGUCUGUCGACGGCGACUUCGACUAUAUACAGUUUUGGCAAACUAUAGUGGAUUUUUUCGAAAGGCCCCCUGGCCGGGAAGCGCGGCGGAGAGUCACCAGACUCCUGGAGUGGUGGACUAUAAAAGUUUUCGGAAGGCGUCGACGUGAGGAUCUUAGCAAUGCGGCAAAGGCUGCCAUGUCCAUUAACACUCUCGCAAGGCAGAGAGCGGACCGCGAUGACAUUUCGUUCAAUUCAGACUAA